UGAAUAUAAAAAUGGAAAGCCAGAAAAACAGAAAAAGAAUCUGAAAUUCUAAGUGAUGUCUACAGCUCUGCCGUCGACGGCAUGGCAUUCGAUGACGCUUCAGCGACGGCCUCCGCUUCCUCAGUGGCGGCGUCCUUUAAUAGUCCAAUCCUUUAGGCGGAGCGACUUCGACACCUUCGCUCGCCGCGUGGCCUCCGGCGAGGCCUUGAAGGACGCUUGGCGAACGGCCAACGACCGCUUCGAGCAAUUCGUCUUCGAAGCUAAAAAAACCGCUGAACGGUUAGACCGCCAGUACUCCGUUUCCCGCCGAAUCUCCUCCGUCGUUCAAUCCGCCACUGACCGUGCACGUGAGCUCGACCGGGAGUUCGAGAUUGGAAUCCGUUGGCGAACAUCUACUAUGGAUUUUCGUAGGAAUUGGCCUAGGUACAGGAAGCAGCUGAAUGAUUUCUUAGAAACUCCAUUAGGAAGAAGUUUUGCUACGAUUUUCUUCCUCUGGUUUGCAUUAUCUGGUUGGCUUUUUCGAUUCUUAAUAUUUGCCAUGUGGAUACUACCAUUUGCUGGGCCUCUUCUCAUCGGGACUAUUGCCAAUAGUCUUGUUAUUAAGGGUGCUUGUCCAGCUUGUAGGAAACAGUUUGCUGGUUAUAAAAACCAAAUGAUACGCUGUGCAAGCUGUGGAAACAUUGUAUGGCAACCAGAAGGAGACUUCUUUGGCAGAGAUAGUAGGCGCACCGGUUCAAGAAAGUCCGAACCAGAAAUUAUCGACGUCGAGUUUGAGGAGAAAUGACAAGAUGGUCUUGGAAAUAUACAGCUAAAUAUGCAAAUUUACGGGGAAAAGAUCUUUACCGGAAACCCUCUCUGCAGAAAAUUUGUUGUGAUAAUGACUUUGAACAACGGAUGAGCCGACCUGAGUUUGCUUACUCUUUCAAGAGCUCUAGCAAUGGCAGUUCCUUUGCUUGGAAGCCUUUGAAUAGCUCGCCGUGCUGAAGUCUUAUUCUGCAUCGCCUCAUCGAACUUUCCUGCAGGUAAGAACAUUAGGUGCAAUUUUGAUUCAAUAGCACUCCGGAAAUUUCUUCGAUCUCUUAUGACUUACCAUCUCUGGUCUUAAUUUUUCUUCUCGGAACUUGAGAUCCUUUAUUCCUCUUUGAAUAUCUAAUCAUUUCAUCUUCACUAGAAUGAUCA